AUGGCUCCCUCUAAGCCUGUCCUCCAUCCUCUCAAAACACCCAAGUCAAUGACCUUCCCCUCCGAGAUGCACGACAGCCCUCUCACUGCUGGGUCUGAGCCCAUCAAGCGCGAAGAGGGAGGAAGUGCGACACCAAUCACCCCACCACUUGCCUAUACGGAGUUUCUCAAAGCCCUCACGCCAGCCUUCAGUCCAGCGAGCGCCAGCACCGAAUUCCGAAGGUUCACCUUUGAAAAGCGCCGACCUUCACCAAUCUCUAUACCCUCAAGUGCAACUAGCACGCCGCUGUCUGCCGGUCCUAAGACGACUAGUGCUGCCAUCCCGCCCCCAUCACCUGCUGUCGCUAGCCCGCAGUCUGCUAAGCUUCCCACCACCACCCUCCGACGUCUGCGGAUUCCCCCAUCGUGCGCCUGGUCGCCUGUGUCCGAUUCCCCUCAAAGUGCGCGCACUAUCCGGUCUCCUUUUUCCCCUUCAGACUGGAAGGUUCGAUACGUUGAGACCCCGAGAAGUGCGGGCGGAAAGUCUGUCAGCGUGCGACAAGUCGUCACUCGGACUGUGACAUAUAAGCGCACACCUCUGGACCCUCCCCCCAAGGGAAAGGGCAAGCGGCGAAAGACUAGUGAAACUAGUGACACCCGGGAUACCUAA